UACCUGAGGCAGCUGGGGUUGGCCGCGCCCUGGGUGGGCAUCCUAAUGGGAGCCAAGCACCUGAUCGCAGCCGUCUGGGCUCCCGUCUGUGCCUUCCUGGCCAAGAGCUACCAGAAGCGGAGGGUGCUUCUGAUCGGCUCGCUGCUCUGCUCGGUGGGAGCCAGCCUGUUGAUGGUCCUGGUGCCGCCCCUGGACAGAGACCGCUCCUGUAACGGAAGUCACGCCACGGUCCUACCCCCGGGGGUCACCCUAACUGUGAACGUCACCGCGGCCCCGUCGCCAGCCUCGAACCACCCAGCGGGGGCCCGCAGCCUCCUAGCCGAGGGGAGUCCUGGGGUCUCUGGAACCGAUGGCUUCAGAGAAGGACCUGGGGAAGGCAGCCAAGAACCUUUCAGUCAUCGGCCGGACUACUUUGCAGGCUCCACUGAAGGAGCCAGGACCACAUCCCGAGUCCUCCAUCCUGUCACUUCCGGGGUGAAAGACACUCCCUGGGAAGGUGCUCUCAGGGUGGUCGGUACUUCCCUCCCUUUGCUUGCUGGGGGUACAGCAGUGGCAAGUCCAGCCAGCCUGUCCGCAGCCAAGAGGAACUCCUGGGCCCUUGACCUCUCCUUGGAAGGGUUGCGGUGGACUUUCAUCCUCUCUCUGGGCUUCAUGGUGUUCUGGGAGCUGCUGGCAGCCCCUCUGGAGCAGGUGGCAGACGACAGCCUUUAUGAAUACCUGGAUUUUGUGGACGCCACUGACCGCUACAGAAGCCUGUGGAUCUGGAGGCUGCUGGGCAUGUCGGCAGGUGUGUGUGGCAUCGCAGCCUUAGUGGGGCAGCUGGACUGCUUCCUGACGACAAGUGGGCCCCGGGGUGUGGUGUAUUUCUAUGGCUACUCACUGAUCAGCACCCUGGCUUUGCUGGUGAGCAUUGCAUUUCCCGUCCCCAUCUGCAGGCGGCGGGAGCCCAGCUACAAAAUGGUCAAAGCCCUGUCUCUUGUAGGCGGCAAUCCCCGCCUCAUCGUCCUUGGCCUCACCAUCUUCUUGAUAGGAGCCGCCACCAGCACGGUGCAGGACUUCCUGUUCUGGCACAUGAAAGACCACGGGAGCAGUGAGCUGGUCAUGGGUUUCUCGGUGGCCCUGGGCUUGCUGGGGGAAAUUCUGCUUCAUCCGUUCAGAAGUCCAUUGCUUAGGAAGCUGUCCAGGGUGGGCACGGUGGGACUGGGGCUGGGCUGCCUCGCGGGGCAGCUGCUCUAUUACUCUUUCCUCUGGAGCUGGUGGUCCAUCCUGCCUGCACAGAUCCUGAGCGCCGUCAGCCACGGGGCUCUGUGGUGGGCAGUCGGGGCCUCCACGGAGGACCUGGCCACUCCCGGAACGGAGAGACCUCUGAGCUCCAUGUUCCGAGGCCAGUUUUACGGGGUCGGGGCCAGCCUGGGCAGCUUCGUGGGGGGCUUCGUGGUGAUGCGCUUCAGCCUGCCUGUGCUCUACCAGGCCUGCUGCGUGGUCCUGUUGCUCUGGCUGGCCUUGUUCCUGUCCAUCCAGCCCAGACUGCCCCAGGAGCGGAAGGUCAACUACACCAAGCUGCUGGCCAUGGAGGCAAGUGACACGAGUGACUCUGAGGAGGGAAGCGAGCGGGACUGGCUCGUGAAGGCCAUGAAGGACGAACAUUCAGACUGGAGGGGCUGAGAGACGGUCAGGGUGCACUGAUCUGGAAAAGAGCCAAAAGGAGGGACCAGACUCAGUCCACGGAGGGCAAAACCUACGAUUCCCACCAGGGCUGCCAGGAGCCUUGUGGGAGAGAAGCACGUCUGUGCCGCAGCCCCACGGGAUCUUCUCAUUGCAUGAUCUUCUUUACCUUUGUAGUAAAAGGAGAUGUCACUCUUUGCUGUUCAAUCCUUUAUAAAUAACAGAGCAAGAAUACAUUUGCUAAAAAAGAAAAAA